AUGUUAAUAGGCCCGAUGGUGGACCAAAGCUUGGGCACUAGCCCAAAGCUGGAGAGCCUCUCCAGCAUCUCGGAGGUUCCUGGAGACGUUAAUGCAGUAUCCAAGGACACUUCCAAGAAGGAUACCGUUGUUCCAGCCAACAUUCCUCCCCCUAAGACUGACAAACCACGUCCCCAUGGCUGUACAACGUGUGGUCGGUCGUUUGCUCGACUGGAACACCUCAAGCGCCACGAGCGCUCCCACACAAAAGAAAAGCCAUUUGAAUGUCCUGAUUGCUCCCGCUGCUUCGCUCGCCGGGACCUGCUUCUCAGACAUCAACAGAAACUACACAUGACGACGACUCCGUCGUCGCGGCCUAGAAAUGCCCGGAGAGAAAGCACUGGUGCUGCUGGAGCCGGGGCCGGAGCUGGAGCUGGAACAAAUCGGGUUCGCAAGAAUUCUGUAGCCGGUGCCUCAAGUAAUAUGCGCCCUCGAGCAAACACAAUCAGUCACAUUGAUGGCGCUGCACUCGGUAUUACAAAUAACACGAAUGCAGGGCCUGGCACGACUGGCCAUCCGGGCCAUGCCUACCACCCCAGCCUUAGCUCUUCCGUCGGCUCAAAUAUUGAUUAUCGGGGGUUUUCUUCAAGCCAUCAGCCCCCUGUCAACGGGCUUUCGAAAAUAGAUACACAUGGGCUGCCUAUGGACCUUUCGGGAGGUCUAAGAACGGCGCCCGUCUAUGGCAGUUUCGACUUCAAUAUCCCAGACUUCAUGAGCCAAGGAAGCACCAUCAAUCCUGCCCAGCUCCAUUUUGGGGGUUCUCCGCAGACUUACGGGAACGAGGCUCCUUCCUCCCCGUACGGUACCCACCAAAUGCCUCAUGGGAACGACGCUAUCAUGGAAGACGAUUACAACUUCGAUUGGAUGCAAAGGUUCGAUCCUUCGCUUCCAAUUGGUAAGAAUGAGUCUGCCAUCGACGAGUCCUCGCCCUCAGCCAUGAGCACAGGCAGUCAGAGUGGAAUCAGCGAGCCUAUGAUGGAUGGAUCUAACCAGUUCUCAAUGUCCUCUGUGAACUGGCAGAAUCAGUUCCCAUCCCAGCCAGCGAUAGCGAGGCAAUUCUCCGACUACUCAACUACCUUUAAUGAUCUAGGUAUUCCACCGGAAACCGUUUCUCCCAAGUCCUUGAUGGCUCAAAAUCCGUUCGCUGAGGCCUAUGCCACUCCUCCGUCUAUGACUUCGGUGGGUCAGCAGCCCAUGCUGGGGGCACACUCGCAGAGCAGUAUGUUUUCAUCCUCCAUGGCAACAAGCGGAGAUUCUCCUAAUCCUUUCAACCUACCUUUCGCGAAUAGUGCCCUACGAACUCACCAUACCCCAGCCUCAACCGAUACCUUUACCGACUCCACUCGACGGGCUUUAUUAGCCAGCAUGGCGCAGCCCGCAAGUUUCAGUCACCGCAAAUACUCUCAACCUGCAACCGGAAUGAUUCAAUGUCGCGAUCUCUACUCCCGCUCUUCUUCCAGCCCCACCUCCACCAACCAACUGCCUAGCACCGCAGAUAUGCAGCGAUUCAUCUCCGCCUACAUCACCUAUUUCCACCCUCACCUGCCAUUCCUUCAUAUCCCUAGUCUUAAUUUCCAAGCACCCGAGUAUACGAACAAUUUACGCACCCCGAGCGGCCACCUUAAUCUCAGCUCCACCGGUGUUGUUGGUGGUGGGGGUUGCUUGAUCUUGUCCAUGGCAGCAAUUGGAGCAUUAUACGAACUUGACACAGCCGCCUCAAAGGAUCUCUUUGAAGCCUCGAAGAAGAUGAUCCAGCUUUAUCUCGAGGAACGUCGUAAGGCUGACAUGUCAACCGCGGUUUCUCGGUCCUCCAAGCCGGGUGAUAAUUCCGUUCACAACACUCCGCUUUGGCUUGUGCAGGCAAUGCUCCUCAAUGUCAUUUAUGGUCAUACUUGCGGUGACAAAACCUCGGCGGAUAUUGCAAGUACUCACUGCGCGGCAUUGGUCAGUCUUGCGCGGGCGGCCGAGUUGACUCGUCACAUCGAUGCAAAGGACCUUCCACAAGAUUACCUACACGCUGGUUUUGCAGGAAAAAGUGACUUCCAGGGGCAAGAUCUCGUCGAAGAUUCCUGGAGUCAAUCAUUCGGCGCGCCAAAAGAAAAGAAGGACUGGCUGGAUUGGAAAAUUGUCGAGGAGCGGAAAAGAACACUUUUUGCAAUUUUCGCCGCCUCCUGUUUCCUAGUCUCCGCGUACAAUCACGCACCUGCUCUAACUAAUUCGGAGAUCCGCCUGGACUUACCGUGCGAAGAGGAUAUUUGGGCAGCGGAGUCUCCGCAAGCAUGGAAACAGAUGGGCGGUCAUUUGUCAUCGAAGAAGAAUGUUGCUUUCUCGUCUGCGCUCACGACGCUGUUGACCGCGGGUCGGCGUGUUCAGAACUCCGCUGCGCUCUCUCCGGACGAUUCAAAAAGCAGUGACCUUAGGCCUAGUUCUUUUGGCUGCUUUGUAUUAAUAUAUGCCAUACACAAUUAUAUCUGGGAAACUCGCCAACGCCAUAUGGGCCGCCAGUGGACGACAAGGGAGACGGAUGCAAUGAGAGCCCAUAUUGAGCCCGCUCUCCGAGCGUGGCAGACUGCUUGGGCGACGAAUCCACUGCACAGCCUGGAGCGACCCAAUCCUUACGGUGCUGGCCCUCUCUCGGCUGACAGCAUUCCUUUGUUAGACCUCGCUUAUGUGCGCCUCUAUGUCGACCUUGGCCGCUGCAAGGAAGCAUUUUGGCAACGAGAUUGGAAUGCCAUGGCUGAUGAACUGGCCCGGGGAACGGAUGUGGAGAACGCUUUAGACGGAAUUCCAUCUGAUGUUUUAGACCCCUCAAUAACAGAGGACGCCCUUUCGAUGGAUGCUCGACGCGACUCAAUAGCGUCUCUGGGCGUAGGAGAGCUUGCGAUCUCACAGACUCCUUCUCAAGAGCAUCCUAUGCAACCGCUAUUAGGUGCUUAUCGACCAGGGCAAACCAAGCGCGAGAAGCUCUUACGCAGAGCAGCUUGUUAUGCUGCUGAUUCAUUCGCCAUGUCCGACCAGCUAGGAAGCACUUUUGCCGACUUCACCUGUCGAGAACUACCACUUCAGAGCGCCAUGUGUACCUUUGAUUGCGCUCAAGUACUCGCUGAAUGGACCACGACGGUGCAGGAACGAGUCGGACCAUACCUUGGAAUGCUAAGCCGUGAAGAUUUCGAUUUCGAGCAAGCUAUACAAAGCCAGCUUCUCGAGGAUGAAGACUGCAAGCUUCUGCAGAAGACACGGAGUAUACUUGCGAGCAUUGAACAGAAGAUGCAAAAGGACAUUGCAAACACUAUGUCUGUAUCACAAGGGUCUUCGGGCGAUGCGGACGAAGGCUUUGGUUGCAAAAUAUUAGUCGCAACGGCUGGCCUCCUAGACAGGGCUUCCGUAUGGCCAGGUAAGAUCGCUCGUAUGUGA